AUGACACCAUUCUCCUUACUUCCUUUGCUUGCACUUCUUUGGCAUCUGCCACAAGCACAAUCAUACAGUAUCAACCCAGCUUCUUGCAAGGGCCCUCAGCUCAAGCUCCUGGAGAAGGCCCUGGCGGCAUCAUUUAAGAUGACCAGAUCUGCAGUGGCUGCUCUGACGCCAACCUUUCGAGACGACAAUGUUCGCCGUCUGUUCGAACUGUUGUACGGACCUGGGGUGAAUCCAACUCCGUUGGCAGAUACUCUCAAUCGCAUCUUGGCACUUCAAAACCGAAGGAUGACCCCUGGGGGAACCAGCUAUGCAGACGUGUUUUAUUGCAAUAUGGAUCGAAUUAAGGAAAAGGUGGGGCCUGACGGAGUCAAAAGAUGGACUGAAUCAGACACAAACACAGCCUACGACGGUAAUGACGGCGACGCAAUCACCAGCUGUAAGGCGGGCUCGGAUUUCACUUGGGCAGAGACAUGGGUUCCGCCCAAUAAAUUCGUAGAGGCGUAUCCUCAGGACCGGUAUCUACCGACUCCAUCACAAAUUACAGUGUGUCCUUGGUUCGUGGAAUGGGCGGUCAACGAAGAGUACCAGUCGAUUGCGGCCAAGGUCUUAAUCCCAGCGCUCUCGCAGCUCGAAAUCAAGUAUCCACUGACCGAAAUCGAUGCCCUGAAUCUUCUCGACAAAGUGAUCUUACACGAGCUGGCCCACACCAGACGUGCGGGAGAGCUGAACGAUGUAAGACAUGCUACCACCCUAUGUCGCAUGUGUCGCUUACUCCAGCUGCAGGUUAAGAUUCAGUCAGGACCUCUUUGGUCCGGGGUCGCCUAUGGUUGGAAUGCUGCUAUAGACCUGGCCAAGCAAAUCAGACCACAAAAGGAGUCAGCAAUGAAUAACGCUGACUCGCUUGCUUUAUUUGCUAGUGGCGUGAGGCUGCUCGAUGAACAACCACCUCUGUACGUCAAAGACGAUGGCACUGUAGCCAAAGAUAACCCGAGGGCUCGAAGAGCUCUAGCGAGACGUAGCGCACAGCGGACCACACCUGCAGCGUUCGAAGGAUUCCUUGACAAAAUCAAGUCAUCGCGGAUGAACGCUCGUAAAUAG